CUGUGAUCCCCAGGGAAGCGCUGCAAGGAGGCAGCCCUCAAGGCCACGGAGAUGGUCCUCUCACAGCCUGCUGGCCCGUCGCUCCCCAGCUGUCCGCCGCAGGGGCGGAGGCUGUGUUUGACCACCUCUACAGCGACGCGCCCCAGCCGGGCCCCGCGCGCUUUCGGCAGCUCUCGCACGUCUCUGCAAAGCACCAGCACUGGGAGCAGGACUGUGGCGGCUCCUCCACGCUGCCGGCAGCUGGGGGUGUGCGGGGCUUCAGGGACGGGCAGCGUGCGUGGGGAGCACCGCGUUGUGCGCAGGCAAAGGGCGGACCGAGGGAAGUUGGCAUGUGGCGACUUCGUUCCCAGCCCACAGUUUCCUGGGCGAGAAGUGCACUGCCCAUUUUAACCCCCCUCGGCUUGUCGCCCCUUUCAGUUCGUCUAGACGCUAAGCAGGUGCAGGUGUGCGCAGCAGAGCCAUCCAAGGGGAUCAUGGCCGCUUUCCUCUCCAUGCUGCAGCUCCUCUUCCUUGGGACUCUAAUCGUCCCAGCAUAUUUGCAGACGGAAAGAUGCAAUUUGCUCUCAAGUGCGACAGCAGGCAAUUUCUCCGUAUCCGUGGUGCCUGACACGUACGAGGCAAACACAACCUACGCAGUUGAAGUAAGCGACAGCAGAAACCUCACUGACAGCAAAAGUGUGACCGCGGUUUUACUGCAAGCCUUAUCCUCCCAGAACGUUUCCGUGGGAGAGUGGAAGGACACGGACCUUGAAAACUGCAGUAGUAUUACUACAGCAGUAGUAAAUGCCAUGAACGUAACAGUAAAUUGGACAUCCCCAAGCAGUAGCAUCAGUUCCGUGGAAAUAAGGGUAUAUACCCUCUUUUCUGAUAACUCCACCGAGUUCAACAGCGUGACUCUGAGUGAAAAAGCGGUGAACACGACCACAGCAUCAACCAUCACCACCCCCAACUCCAUCUCUGCGGUUCAGAGCAGCACCAUCUUCGUAGCCAUCGUGCAAGCGGUGCUGCUCUUUGUCACAAGCAAACUGCUCUCCUAGGAGUCGGGGAGAGGCGAUGACCCGGCUGUGCCGCACCUUUCCUCCUCGCCUUCAGUGCGCGCGGGAGGGCGGGCAGCUGAUCUGCUCAGGAAAACUAUUUUCUUCAUGUAUUAGGAUGAUGACUGCACCUCUACAUUAAAUUACAAAGGUCUGUUUGACGAGAGAGCUGAUCCUUCCCUUAUUCCCCUCGCCCAGGGCCAGCGUAUUUGGUAAGACGAGAAAGCUGAUAGCAAGCCAGAGCUCGCUCUGUUCGGAGCAACUAGAAAAGCACAGCGUCGCUGAGAGCGGGUCCCCGACAAGCGAGGGGCGCCGCGCGCGCGAGUCAGUUCCUCCCUCCUCGCCUGGGGUUCUGUGAAGCACAAAAAAGCACGAAAAGGCCUGCGAGAGGGCAAAGGCCCUCCUCUCGUCGGGGUGCUGGGGUCUGCUGAGAAGCUCGAGGAGAAGUCUGCUCUCCAGCGCGCAGCCUGGGACCCCCGCUCGCAGCGUGCCUACGUGAGCGCGAGCCUUGGCGUGCGCCCACACCUCGACGGCAGCCUCGCACCGUCGCCCGUGGUGUAUUAACCAAAACUGGGAGAAGAAAAGGAAUGGGGGGAGGAGCGGGAAUUACAGGUUUAAGCUUCACCUGACUGAGCCACGUUAAAACCUCCAGGGCAUGCACAGAAGAAACACGUGUCCACCAAGCCUCCCCAAGACAAGCCGGAGAUCCUGCUGGCAGGGUAUCCGCCACAAAGGCCCCGGGCCUUCCGAGUUUAUUUUCCGUGUUGUUCUUCAGUCCAGCAUCACUUGAAUCCUGUUACUUCUCUGGAUGCCCUGUAAGGUUUCCCUGCUCUUCUUCUGGCUUUCUGGAAUGGGGGGGUGGGUUUUGUUUUAUUUUGUUUUUUAAAUCAAUAGCUGAUUUUGCUUUAGGGCAAGAUUGGAUGGGCCACCGAAUGUCUUGAUUUUAUUAUAUUUGUUUGUAUUUUUAUAUGAAUAAUGUAUAUUUGGGAAUUUUCAAGCUUCUGAAAGGUAAUUUUUCUUGAACUAAUCUGAAUAAAUGGAGGAAUGAAA